AUGCAUGAUGAAUCGGACGAGUUGCCUGACGAAUUGGAUGACAUUUCUAGUCCGGACUACGCAGCGGAGAACCCGCAGACAAACACAUUAACUGCGGGCUCUGAUGCAGAUGAUCACUGGUAUAUCCUCGACGAGUUUGGGACUGACUGUUUUAUAUUUCGCAUCAAGCUUUGGCGAGCCCUUGGCUUCGGUGAAAGCAAUCUGAAUCAUGAAGGGUUCGGACACAUAUAG